AUCCAGUUAAAAAAAUUAACCCCCUCUCCGUAGGAGAAGGGAGCUUGCUUUCGCGCAGACCCUCGGUUAAUUGUGCCAUGGAUUUCGACGUCAUCUCAUUCAAGGUGCAGCAUGUCAAUAAUCUCAAAUCGCUCUGCAUCAUCCAAUUGCGCUACACUCAACACCCCAAGAUGCGUCUCUCAGGUCUCCAAAAAGAAGUCCUCGGUCUUUAUCGGCAGUGUCUUCGAGAAUGCCGCAAGAAGCCGGAGGCCACACGGAAACACUUUCAGACCUUUGCUCGCGAGGAGUUUGAGAAAAGCAUCAGUCUAGACAAAAGAGACUUCUCUGCAAUUGAAUUCCUACUGCGCAAGGGUCGUCGCCAGCUCGAAAUGUAUGCAUCACCAGGGGUCAAAGACAUCAGGAAAUAA